UUACUUUUCUGCAUGACUUUUCACACCUUGUCUGUGUUUCCCAAGAAGGUCUGCAGGGAAGAUGCUGCUGCUGAACUGUUCAAUUAAACUGCAGAUGCUGGAGAAAAUGUUAAUGUGUAGCUUCCCUGAGUCCCUCAAGGUUUAUGGAGCUGUGAUGCAUAUCAACCGAGGGAAUCCUUUCAAGAAGGAAGUGGUGGUGGACUCAUGGCCAAACUUCAAAGCUGUUAUCACCCGGCCACAGAGGGAGAAUGGCAUGGAUGACCUUGACCACUGUACCAAUGCACAUGCAGUUUUCUACCAGGAGCUACUGGAAAACACAAACACUAUCAACUGGGGACAGAUUUUUCAGAUACAAGGGCUCCAGGAUGGAAUAUGUGAAGCGUCUAGAACUGUGGCUUUAGCUAAACAGGUGGAUGUGAAAACAUCCUGUUUCCGGAUGGUUAUCCAUUCAGACCCGGAUACAUUGCCAGAUGUCAGACAUCGGAUGGACCCUAAAUUAACCGUGGCUUAUCUGAACAUCUCCCAUGCCAACUUGCUCAAUGAAACCUGGUCACGAGGAGGCAAUCCAAGGUGCCAGCAGUACCUUGCUAACCUCAUUUGCUGCUUCCCCAGUGUUUGUGUCUUGGAUGACAAAGGAUGUCCCCUCUCCUGGAGCCUGACAGACCAGUUUGCCACUAUGAUUCAUGCUUAUACUCUUCCAGAGCAUCGGAGGAAGGGUUAUAACAGGCUUGUAGCUACGACUUUAGCUAAGAAAUUACAUAGCAAGGGCUUUCCGGCACAGGGCAACGUCAUGGAGACCAAUACGCCAUCUGUAACAUUGCUAAAAAGCAUGAAUGCCCAGUUUCUUCCCUGCUCAUUUUUUAGAAUGAUUCAUACACCUUUUCAUUUUUUAUCUAAACCUCACUUAUAG